UGUUGAUGUCGGAAAUGAUGUUGCUGGUACAAUAUGGCGGAGGAGGUGGAUGUGGAUAUUGAAGGAGAUGGAGCAGAUCUGAGCCUGGGAGAGGAUUGCGCCACAGUUCCUGGUUUCCUGCAGGACCAUUAUCUGGAUUCUUCCUGGAGGAGUAACAAUGGUUUUUUGUCCUGGACUUUGGAUAGCUCUCUCAGUGAAGAGAAUAGAGCAGCUAUUGAGAAGAUGUUACAAGAGGAAGAAUACUACCUAACAGGGAAAAAACAUCCACAAGGCAGCUGGUCUGAUCACCAAGAGAGAGAGAAAAUAUCUGUGAAAAGUAUUCGCCAAAGGAAAGCUGCGAAAAGCAGGACUCCUGGGACAACAAGCAGUUCUUGGCCAGCUCGAUGGACACCAAAGGAGAAAGACCUUUUUGAGCAAGGGCUGGCCCAAUUUGGUCGAAGGUGGACAAAGAUUGCAAAGUUAAUUGAAUCACGGACCGUGCUACAAGUGAAAAGUUACGCCAGACAAUAUUUUAAGAGCAAGGCAAAAACCGAAAAACCUGUGGAAGAGACUAGUAUCUGGACUGCCAAAACAACACUUGUGUCUGGAAAUGGAGCCAACCUUCUAAAGAAAGGAUCGGGACAUUACAGCUCUAUCUCGUCACAAGGUCAGGCUUAUCCUACUGUCAAUACUGUUAAGAUUGAGCAUAUGUCUGAUGAUGAAGAUGUGGAUGUCAUGGAUGAAACAGAUAGUGACAGUGAUGGCCAUCAGGAGCAGAAAGGAACAGAAACUCAAUCUGAUUCAAAGAUAUAUGAACCCGAGGUGACUACUUAUGGUUACAGUGUUUCAGGAGCAGAUCAAUCCUUGGCUAUUUCUCCCACUUCUGUUGUGUCCUUGCAAAAAUGUUUACAGAUGUCAGAAGUGUCCAAGCAUGAUGAGACAACUAGCAGCAACAUCGAUAAUUUGAAGUCCAUGAUUGAUGACAGCAAAGAAAAUGAAACAUCGGUAAAAACAACCAAUGUAGACUUUGUAGGCUACAGCAAAUGUGGACACCCCACGGAGACAGCUAAUGAAGAAUCAGUUGUGCAAAUACCGGAUUUUCUAGUGAUUAAGCAAUUGGAAGAAAAGGAAAAAACCCAUAAUGAAAUCUGUACAUACAGUUUGCCCGAAUCAGUUUGUGAAAUGGAAGUGGAUGAAGAAAACUGUGAUAGCGAAGAAGGGGAAAUACUGAAACCCCCUGCACAAGAAGUAAUAUUGGACAAAAAUAUGAUCACAGAAGAUGAAAAACAAGCUAUCCCUGAGUUCUUUGAAGGGCGAUCAUCAAAAACACCAGAACGUUUUCUGAAAAUUCGCAACUAUAUCUUGGAUCAGUGGGAGAAGUCUAAACCCAAAUACCUGAAUAAAACAUCAGUGCGCCCAGGACUGAAAAAUUGUGGAGAUGUGAAUUGCAUUGGACGGAUACAUACAUACCUGGAACUAAUUGGAGCUAUAAAUUUUGGCUGUGAACAGGCAGUAUAUCAUCGACCGCGACCUGCAGACCGAACACGUAAUAAAGAAGAUGGAAAGGACAGCGUACAGACGUAUUUGCUUGCUCAAAGAUUACAGUCCAUGCGUACCAGAAGACGACGUGUGCGAGAUCCUUGGGGAAACUGGCGUGAUGCAAAGGAUCUGGAGGGGCAAACAUUUGAGCAUCUCACUGCAGAAGAACUGGCUAGGAGGCAUGAGGAAGAGUUGAAUAAACCUCCAAAGCCAGCAAGAGGCCCUCGGCAGCCAAAGAGCUCUUUUGACCCUUUCCAGCUGAUCCCAUGCCACUGCUUCAGUGAAGAGAAACCGGAACCAUUUCUAGUGAAGGUAGCUUCAGAGGCAUUGCUGGUAAUGGAUAUGCAUGCUCAUGUGUCAAUGGCAGAAGUGAUUGGCCUGUUAGGUGGGCGGUAUUCAUCAGGAAAUAAAGUAUUAGAGAUCUGUGUCGCAGAGCCAUGUAAUAGCUUAAGCACAGGAUUACAGUGUGAGAUGGACCCAGUGUCACAAACGCAGGCUUCAGAAGCCCUAGCUGGCAGAGGAUACAGCAUUGUUGGAUGGUACCAUUCACAUCCUGCAUUUGAUCCUGAUCCAUCCUUAAGGGACAUUGACACCCAGGCUAAGUACCAGAAUUAUUUUUCACGUGGAGGAGCUCAGUUUGUUGGGAUGAUCAUCAGUCCAUACAAUAGAAGUAAUUCCUUGCCUUAUUCCCAGGUCACAUGUCUUAUAGUUAGUGAAGAGCUCAGCACAGAUGGCCACUUCCGACUUCCAUAUAAGUGUGAGUUGAAGCAAUUGAAUGAAGAGCCUCUUUGGGUGCAAAUGAUAGACAAAGCACGUUGGAUAAUCGAUAAGUACAAACUAUCCCUUAGUAGUGUCCCGAUGCUCCGCAUGUUUCACAGAGAUUCCAAUUUGACAUGUUUACAGAAGGUGCUGACCAACAGUUUUAAUUUGCACCCCAGCACUGGACCUUGACAUCAGUAUUUAGGAGAAGGUAAGUUUAUUUCAACGGUAGUCUAAUUAAGAUAAACUCUUCAAAUACAUCAUCUGUGUGGUUCUAUUCUGGCAGGAGAAACACGGUGAUGAUCUUCACAUGGCUGCUUUUGAACUGUAAGAGUUUGGAAUAUUGCUGUAAAAAAGAAUAUGAUUGCAUAUUAUAAAAAUAGCAUUUCAACAGGUAGUAUGUACCCUUUGUGCCAAUCUUAGCAAAAUCUCAUUUAUGUACUGGCAACUAUUGAAAUGUUACCUAAUUGGUUUUCUCUGGGUCUUUUUGUAAAAUUAAAUUCUGAAUUCCACAGAAAUACUAAAUGUGAAAAAGAGAAAACCACAACUCUUUUUAUUCAUAAGGUGACUUUGAUUUGGACCACAGGAGUGUCUUCUAUCUCUUGAUUCCAAAACAUAUCAGCAUAUUAUACUAGCAAAAGAGAUCCGUAUUACUUUCAAAGUAAGACUUUCUAAGAGGUUAAGUUCAACAAAAAAAAUUUCACUGACAGAUGUUUCCAUGCUCCAUGCAUGCCAUGACCCCAUACUAUGACCUCAGACCUUUCCUUCAUUGAGGAGGACAGCAUGCCUCUUCAUAUUGGGUGUACUGGCCUCUCAAGAUAUGCUGAUCUUUGAGUGUGCCAGGUUGUAGGAAUUUCCAACAUUAGUAGUCCUUGGUUCUGUCCUCUCCACAUCACCAGCCUUGUAAAUAGAGGGCAGAAGCUGCAUUUUUUACAAAGCCUAACAGAUAUGCCCAGCAAUGGUUGGGAACCAGCCUUUCUGGGUCUGUGUUAUUUUCCAGCCCUUGUGCCAGACUUACCAUGGGAAUGUGCCAGAAGGCCUUUGGAAUUUCAGCCUGUACAUGUAUUAACUGCUUAAUGGUCAUUUGCAGCUAGCUGGUGGAGUUACUGUUUGAAGCAAUCAAAGGAAUAACGUUAAGAUAAUAAAACUUUAGCAUAAUAUUUUAAAGUAUAUAAAUGUGUAUAAACUUCGUGAUUUAAAAGUGACUUAUUUAUAUUCCCUAUUCCUGACGUAAUUUAAGUAGUGCUAUUUAAACAGCAUCGCAAAUAUAGAACUGAAUUCUUUCACUUCAAAUGCAUUCUAUAAGAAACAAGUUAAAUAUUUGAAGCAGUUAUUUUGAUUUUUUAGUGAAAUAUGAAAUAAUUUCAUUUACAUAUGCAUUUGAUUUACAGUGACAUAUAGCUAAUAAUGGCAGACUCCAUUUAUUCCACUUGAUGAAACAAUCAAUAAAACAAAAGCUUCCAUAUAUUGAUUGAUAGGUUGUUUUGUGUGAAGUAGUCAGUGGCACAAUCUCACAGUUCAAAAAUGAAAGAAGAAAGUCAAGCUUCACUCUUGCGAUUCAUAACAUUAAAAACAUGACUGUGUUAUAGUCUUAUAACAAGCCGGAGUCCAGCUGUUAAUCCAUUUUUCAGUGUUCAAAAGUACAGAAUUCAGACUAGCUGAAUGCUGUAGAUUCAAACUUAAUUGAGGACAGCUGAGGUUGAUCCAGAAUACUGCCAUGAGAUGAUUCAACAACCUUAAAAGGCUACUGCUGAUUAAUGGAAAUUCAUAGCCAGUUAAUUAGACUCAGUCACAGCAAUUUGCCAGCUCUCUAGAAAUCAUGCACUAGUGGCAGUAAGCACAAAUCUAGGAAAGAUAGACCAGUCGCCUCAUAUUACGGAACAUGACAUUGCUGAAGAAAGAGACAUGUUGCCUAAGCUUUUCAUCUUGCACUAAUCAGGACAAACAUAAGAAUGCCAAAUUUUAAA